AUGCGUAACAAUACAUUUAAUAAACGAGCCAAAGAUGACCUGCAAUCUAUAUUGGAUAAUUUUAUUGCUAUUAUUCAACUUGCUAAGGUAGAUGAAAUACAACCAAAUCAGGUCAAAGAUCAAUUACCUCGUGUAUUAACAAAUACAACGGAUGAUUUUUCAAUGCGUGUUCGUGCAGCAAAUAUGGUUCGUGCGUUUGAAUCAUUAUUAAAAUUUGUAUCUGACCUAAAAGAUCAAGCCGUAUUAUAUGAUUUUAAAGCAAUUAACGAUGCUAUUCAUGUUGCUCGACAACGUUUUAAAAAUCAACAGUCCGAUCUCGAUACAAAGUUGGUGACGUUAAGGGAUCGUUUGUGUAUUGAUUUGGUCAAGUUUGAAGAUGAAUAUUAUCAAACAAAAUUUCACAAUCCGGAACGUUUUCGGGAACUAAAUAAACAAACAACAAAUUCUACGGCGUUUGAUGGCCAGGACACUUUUACCUAG